UGAACCAUUUCUUUAAAAGACUUAAAAUCUGUAAAAACUCCUUCUCUAUUUUCUAUUAUAUCCCUCUUUCUCUCUGGAAAUUGCUCUUGCCUUGGUUGCUGUUAAGACUUAAGAUUCGGUCAUACGAAAUAUAUAUCCUUCCCCUCUUUGAGAUCCCAUUACCUUUCCUCUGGAAGUUCAAGGAAUUGGCUAUAUUCAGAAAUUUGGUCCCCACAUUUAGGCCCUCUACAUCUUGCCAUUUCCAGCUCUUCUUUCCUCGAUUGGAGUCCUGUCGGAUCUUCGGGGAUGCCCGAAGGUCAUUCUGGGGUUGUGCAUUUUGCUGCUUUCAGUUGAGUAGUGUGGAAGCAUAGUUUUGAAGUAUCUGAGAAGAAACAGAUCUUUGAGUCGGCAGGAUGAAGUUUAUGAAGCUUGGAUCCAAGCCUGAUACCUUUCAGACUGAUGGAAACAACAUAAGAUAUGUGGCUAGUGAGUUAGCGACGGAUGUCAUUGUUCAUGUUGGUGAUGUGAAGUUUUAUCUACACAAGUUCCCACUUCUCUCUAAAAGUGCCCGCUUGCAGAAGUUGGUUUCUUCAGCUAAUGAAGGAAACGGUGACGAGAUCAAUGUUCAUGAUAUUCCAGGUGGUUCCAGUGCCUUCGAAGUAUGUGCCAAGUUCUGUUAUGGCAUGACUGUUACCCUAAAUGCUUAUAACGUCGUAGCAACUCGUUGUGCCGCUGAGUAUCUUGAAAUGUAUGAAACAGUUGAGAAAGGCAACCUUAUCUACAAGGUUGACGUUUUCCUGAACUCUAGCAUUUUCAGGAGCUGGAAGGACUCUAUUAUAAUUCUUCAGACUACAAAAGCCUUCCUGCCGUUGUCUGAGGAAUUGAAAUUAAUCAGCCACUGCAUUGAUGCUAUUGCUUCUAAGGCCUCGGUUGAUGUUUCCAAGGUGGACUGGUCCUAUACGUAUAACCGGAAAAAGAUUCCUGAGGACAAUGGAAACGAUCCCAGCUGGAACAGUGUCAGGAGCCGAAUGAUACCAAAUGAUUGGUGGGUUGAGGAUUUAUCUGACCUUGAGAUAGAUCUGUAUAAGCGUGUCAUUGUGACCAUUAAGAACAGAGGGAUUAUAUCAAAUGAAGUGAUUGGAGAAGCAUUAAAAGCUUAUGCUUACCGGAGAUUGCCCGGCUCUGGCAAGAAUGUGAUCCAGCAUAACGACAUGUCUAAAUUCCGGUCCAUUUUGGAUACAAUUGUGUGGCUUCUGCCUGCGGAAAAAGGCAGUGUCUCUUGUAGUUUCUUGCUUAAGUUGUUGAAAGCUGCCGUCUCAGCUGAUUCAGCUGAAACCAUAAAAAUGGAACUGGUGAAAAGGAUAGGACAGCAACUGGAGGAGGCUUCAGUUAGUGAUCUUUUAAUUCGAGCCCAGGAGGGGGAAGAAACAAUGUAUGAUGUCCAUGUAGUUCAGAAAAUACUUGAAGAGUUCAUGACACAAGAUCAGAAUGCCGAAACUGAAAUGGAAAACGGCAGUGAGAUUCAGGAGAUUAGAAGGCCUGGGAUCUUAUCUGAAGCUUCAAAGCUGAUGGUGGCAAAGCUUGUCGAUGGUUACCUUGCGGAGAUUGCAAAGGAUCCUAACCUACCUCUCUCGUCUUUCAUUGGUAUCUCAGAGAUGGUCUCUAGCUUUUCACGACCAGCACAUGAUGGUCUAUAUCGGGCAAUUGAUACAUAUCUCAAGGAGCAUCCCGGGAUUAGCAAGAGCGAGAGGAAGAGAAUAUGUCGGCUGAUGGACUGCAAGAAGCUGUCAGCUGAUGCUUGCAUGCAUGCUGUGCAAAACGAGAGACUACCUUUACGUGUCGUGGUACAGGUUCUGUUUUUUGAGCAAGUCCGUGCUGCUGCUUCAUCUGGCAGCAGCACCCCUGAUUUACCUAAAGCCAUUAAAGACCUCAACUGCGCCUCAUAUGGGAGCUCAAGGUCGACCACUACCAAUAAUGAUGAGGAUUGGGAUGGUGUUGCUUCAGCAGAAGAACUCCGGGCGCUGAGAGGCGAGCUUGCUGCUUUAAGACUGGGGCACGUAGCUGUCCAUGACAGAAACGGUGGAGAGAAUAGGAUUAGCAAUUCUGACAGGGCCGCUAUCAGUAAAAUGAAAGGUUUGAUCAUGUCAAAGAGAAUCUUCUCGAAAAUCUGGUCAAGCAAAGGUGGGCAGGCGGAGAACAGCUCGGACUCAUCGGAGAGUCUUGGCUCGAUUAACCACGAUGAAGUGAAAAGCACGCCGACGAGGAGAGGGAGGCACUCUGUGUCUUAGCAUGAAAAGAUUUGAUCCUGCUGCUCUUUUUUGGUUUCCUAAAAUGACAUUAGCAUGUUACGAUAUUAGUUGUGUUUACCUGAUCAAGAAUAUAGCAAUGCAGUCUAGGAGAAUUAAUGUUGUUGCUUAUGUAAGAAACCAGAGUCUGUGUUAGUAUGAUGUUAGAAGUGAGACAAAUCUGCUGUCAAAAAAA